AUGAGUGAUAUACAGACAUCCAAACGGUUAGUUACCGUAUUACGACAUACAGCAUCACAAAUGAACAUCAGUAUCGAUAUUAAUGGGUUUGUUAAAGUAAGCGAAUUACUGAGCACGAGAGAAUUUAGCCAUUUAACUCCUACUGAUAUUAAACGCAUAGCGGACAACGACGCAAAAAAGAGAUAUUUCAUAAAAAACCAAUACGGGGAAUUAAUGAUUCGAGCAAAUCAAGGCCAUUCACUUCAAGUAUCUGAUUUAAGUUUUCAGCCAGUAUUAAGUGGAAGGGAUUACCCGAACGUAAUUCAUGGUACCCGUCAUCAUGCGUGGAAUGUUAUCUCAAGAGAUGGUCUGAGCAAAAUGGGAAGAAUGCACAUCCAUUUCGCUAUAGGGGUACCAGGUGACCCCAAAGUGAUUAGUGGCAUGCCACGAAAUUCUGAAAUAAUUAUUUAUUUGAAUCUGAAUUUGGCUUUAAAGAACGGAAUGAAAUUUUUCCUAUCGGAAAACAAUGUAAUGCUCACUGAAGGAGAUGUAAAUGGAUUUAUUAAGCCAAAAUAUUUCCAAAAAGUCAUUGACAGAAAAACAGGAAACUUGUUGACCUGGUAG